ACCGUAUGGAUCAGAGUCUGAGGUAGGGGUUAGAACACCACCCACUAGAGAGGGGGUCAGUUUUUGUGAUUUGUCAGCAGCAUCAGCAGCAGUAACAGUUGCAGUAGCGUGCUGAUGCUGCUGAGCGGGGAGGAUGCAGAGGAAGGCGGUGAUGCUGUGACACAUGGCUGCCUGCACCACCCGCCUCUUCUGACUGCAGCUUCAGCUCUGCGAUCGGCAGGAGGCUGAGACACGCACCAGCCUCACCCACACCCAGCCAGGCUGUGACUGCAGCUCGUGUACCGGAGGGUUGUUGUCCCCGCUGAGACGCCGUAGCGAUGGGAGAGAACAUGUCCAAGCGGCUGAAGCUGCUCGGUGCCGACGCUGACAUGGAGGAACGUUCUUUUCCGAAUCCUUAUCCUGACUGGGACCAAGGAGCCCUCACCCCCAACGCCGGAGCUGACGUGGAUACCAGUGAGACAUCUGAUGAAGCCGGAAAGGUGAGCCUUGAGUUCCAGAGAAGGGUCCAGAAUAAGAUCAAAGAUCUUCUCCAGCAGAUGGAGGAAGGUCUGAAGACUGCAGACCCACAUGACUUCUCCACUUACACAGGAUGGACAGGUAUUGCCUUGCUGUAUCUCCAAUUGUACCGGGUGUCCAGUGAGGCCUCCUAUCUUCAGAGGGCACUGGACUAUGUGAAGAGAACCCUCAGAAUCCUGAAUGGCCGGAAAGUGACAUUCUUAUGUGGAGAUGCAGGGCCACUGGCAGUUGGCGCAGUGGUUCACCACAAACUGAACAACAAGGCUGACAGCAAAGAGUGCCUUUCAAAGCUUCUGCAGCUCCAGCGGUCAGUCCUGAGCCCAGACUCUGAGAUGCCAGAUGAGCUGCUGUUCGGACGCGCUGGCUAUCUUUAUGCUCUGCUCUACAUUAAUAAAGAGAUGGGAGCUGACACUGUGGAUGAAAGCAUCAUUGUGCAGAUAGUGACGGCCAUUGUUGAAUCGGGAAAGAACCUCUCUGCAGAACAGAAGAAGUCUGAUCGCUGCCCGCUGUUGUAUGAGUGGCACAAAAAACAGUACAUUGGUGCCGCCCACGGCAUGGCUGGUAUCUAUUAUAUGCUUAUGCAGCCAGGAGCAAAGGUCCAUCAAGACAUACUGUCGGAGUUGGUUCGCCCCAGCAUCGACUAUGUGCGCCACAAGAGAUUUCGGUCGGGUAACUUCCCUUCAUCAUUAAGCAAUGAGAGUGAUCGGCUGGUUCAUUGGUGCCAUGGUGCACCUGGUGUCAUCCACAUGCUCCUUAUGUCUUACAAGGUCUUUAAGGAGGAAAAAUACUUAAAGGAAGCUGCAGAAUGUGCUGAGGUGAUCUGGCAGCGGGGUCUGCUGAGAAAAGGCUAUGGUAUCUGCCAUGGCACUUCUGGCAAUGGCUACGCCUUUCUGUCCCUUUACAAAGUCACACAGGAGAAGAAAUACUUGUACCGUGCCUCCAAGUUUGCUGAAUGGUGUUUGGAGUACGGGAGUCACGGCUGUCGCAUCCCAGACAGACCCUACUCUCUUUUUGAAGGUAUGGCAGGAACCAUCUACUACCUUACAGAGAUGGCAAACCCUGAGCUGUCCUGUUUCCCUGCUUUUGAACUUUAACCUGCGAGGAGAUGAGACUGGAGGAUACUGAAGGAGGACGACAACUUCAGUCACACUUGGUCAUGAGUUGUCACCGGACUGUUUGUUGUAAGAUUCCGUGGAUUUGUUGUUUUUCACAAAGAGCUGAUGAGAAGAUGAUUCUCAAGCAAGGUUUGGGUUCCUGAAUGUUGUCUUUGAAGCCGCCCCCUCCUCCUCCUGUCAUUGGUGAU